UUCUCGCAUCUUCAAAUGCCUUGCGAUAAACGAAACGAAUACGGAAUUUGGCUGUGCAAUUGCUAUUACAUCUCGAUCGGCGGGGACGGAGGUUUGAGUUAUCAGGUUUGGUGAAAAUGGUGCUGUGGGAGAUCACAUUGGGGACGGCGUACUUUUUGGGUCUGAAACGAACCUACAAACUUGCGCUUAAAAUCCAGCGGAGGCUCAUCACCCCGAAGCAUCCCAAAAUUCGUCAAUUUGUUCAAAGACGAACUCGAAAUAUAUUUGAUGUGGCUCUCAAAGUUCAUCUCAAGAUACAAGAACGGGAUAUUGAAGUUGGUCGAAACCUUGGCAACAGAAUCCUAAGAUGGCUCGACAGAAUGAAACCUGCAGCUAAGAUCAGAGGGCCGCCUCCCUCCUACACUAAAGAAAACACCAAAAUGAUAAAUCAGUCCAAAAACUCUUCACUUCUGAACAAUCAGGGUGGCUCUUCAAAAUACGAUGCAAAAAAUGCCGACAAGCAAUCGGAUAGACGGCUGUUUGUUGCUACACGAGAUGUCUGGCCCAAAUCCCUUCCCACAAUUGCCAGGAUGAUGCAGUCGACUAGGACUUCUGGACAUAAUAUACAUUUUAGGCAAUUCAGCAGUGGUGGCACUGAGUUUUUCAAUGUGAAACACGGGAAAUUCGGGGAAGUGACUAGGAAUGACAUAAGGCAGUGGAGUCUGCAUAACUAAUCCAACCAAUGGUUUCCGGGUUCUUCUCUCAUAUGCCAUAGUGAAUAUGCAAUUUUUGAGAAUUUGAGUUUAAAGUAAAUCCUGAAUUUAGAAAAUCGGGCAUACCUGGUGAACUUAGGCCACGGAGACUGCCCCCGUUCUUGCCUACGCUGACAGAAGUUUUCGUUCUUCCUAACAGGUAACAUCUCUUUGUUUCUGUUCAAAGUACUCUAAAUUGAUAACUCCUGUGCUCCCGAAAUUUAUGUUGCUUUUGUUAUUGAGAUUUAAAUGUUAGAGGAAUCAUCUUCUUGGAGUUGAAUCAACUUUUGCGGAUUGAAGGCGAAUAUCGACUGCCCACCUCACAAUAAUCAUAGAAAAACUUGUUCUAAAGCUUCCUCUAGUGUAUGUAGUCGAAUAUUUCUUGUGUCUUUUUGAGGAAUGACCGGUCAUGUUU